CGUAGUUAUUGAAAGUACUAUUGAAAAUUGAUAGAAACAUACACUAUUUUCUUUCAGUGGGUAAUUCGUAGUUGAAUCUUAAUUGGCAUUUGGUUGGGCAGUUGGGACAGCCAUUUCUGCUCUCAUCUCUACGAAAACAUGAAGUUCGGGAAGGAACUGGCUUCCCAGAAGGUUCAGGAAUGGGGGGAAGCAUACAUGGAUUACAACUCUCUAAAGGGAGUUCUGAAAGAUAUCUCCAGAUUCCGGCGACGGAAUGCGGCGGCGCAAUCAUCUGUUCCGGCGGCGGCGACGGCGACGCGGAAGAAUUCGUUGAAGAGAAGGCUGUCAAUGUACCGAGCUUUCAGCGGAUUGACGAAUCGAUUGAGCAGCCCGAGAGGCGGUACUCCGAGGAGCGAUCAUGAAGAUGAAGUUAUACUGGUGAAUGCUGUGGAGCAGGAAGGGAUUGGAGGGGAGCAGUAUCAAACAAUGUUCCUUAUGUCGUCGGAAGCGGGAGGAGAAUACGAGCUGGUGUUCUUCAGACGGCUUGACGAUGAGUUCAAUAAAGUUGUAAGGUUUUACAGAGAAAAGGUGGAGGAAGUGAGGAAGGAAGCGGAUGAGCUAAGCAAGCAAAUGGAUGCACUUAUAGCUCUCCGGAUAGUCGUAGAGAAGCCUCCAGUGGAUAUCAAUGCCGACCAGACAAGAGAUUCUGCAGCCAUUGAAGCUAAUAAGUCACAUAUGGAUGCAAUACAAGAAAUUGAGAUGAGCGGUGAAGAGGUUGGAGAAGAUGAUGGUGGAACAUCUGCAGGAACUGCGACAAUGGCUGAUCAGAACACAAGGAUUAUUGAAGAGAAGACUAACAACUUCACAGAUUUCAGGCCUGCUCCGUUACACGUGUUGUACGAUGUAAGAGUCAACAUCCAACCUGAAACUCCCAUCUCCACUUUGAAGAACAUUUUGAAGGCAUCAAAUUCUGAACUCAAAUACAGCCGGGCCGAGCUAAGGAAGGCUGAAGAAAGAUUGAGAAAGGCAUUCAUGGAGUUCUAUAGAAAGCUUAGACUUCUCAAGAGUUACUGUUUCUUGAACACAUUGGCAUUUUCCAAGAUCAUGAAGAAAUAUGACAAGAUCACUUCAAGGAAAGCUUCAAGGUCAUACCUAGAGAUGGUUGAUAAGUCUUAUCUUGGAAGCUCAGAUGAGGUUAGUAGACUCAUGGAAAGAACAGAAGCCACAUUCAUAAAGCACUUUGCCAAUGGAAAUAGAAGGAAAGGAAUGAGUGUUUUAAGGCCUCAUGUGAAGCGCGAGAAGCACAGAAUCACAUUUUUUCUUGGCUUGUUCUCGGGCUGUUCAAUAGCAUUAAUUGUAGCUAUUAUUGUUUCUAUACGUGCUAGAAAUCUUCUUCAACACCAAGGGAGUAAUCAGUUUAUGGAAAAUAUAUUCCCACUUUACAGUUUAUUUGGAUUCAUUGUCUUACAUAUGCUCAUGUAUGCUGGGGACAUAUACUUCUGGAGGCGAUACCGCAUAAAUUACCCCUUUAUAUUUGGCUUCAAGCAAGGAACAGAACUUGGUUAUCGAGAAGUUCUCCUCCUUGCUUCAGGCAUUUUUGUACUUGCUUUGGCUGCUGUUCUCUCGCACUUGGAUAUGGAAAUGGACCCUGUAACAAGAACUUAUAAGGUGCUCACCGAGUCAGUUCCAUUGAUCCUGAUUUCUGUUCUGCUAAUAAUAACAUUCUGCCCUCUCAACAUCGUGUAUCGAUCAAGUCGUUUCUUCCUCAUCAGAUGCGCCUGGCACUGCAUCUGUGCUCCUCUUUUUAAAGUGACCCUGCCUGAUUUUUUCUUGGCAGAUCAACUUACCAGCCAGGUUCAGGCCAUCAGGAGCUUUGAAUUCUACAUCUGUUACUAUGGAUGGGGAAACUUCAGACAAAGAUUAAACAAAUGUCAGGACAGUGAUGUGUAUCAAAUCUUUUAUAUAAUUGUAGCAGCAAUCCCAUUCGUUGUUCGGUUACUUCAGUGCCUUCGUCGCUUGUUUGAGGAGAAAGACAAUAGCCAAGGGCUGAAUGGUCUCAACCAUUUCUGCGAAAACAUGAAGUUCGGGAAGGAACUGGCUUCCCAGAAGGUUCAAGAAUGGGGGGAAGCAUACAUUGAUUACAACUCUCUAAAGGGAGUUCUGAAAGAAAUCUCCAGAUUCCAGCGGCGGAAUGCGGCGGCGGCGGCGGCGACGCGCAAGAAUUCAUUGAAGAGAAGGCUGUCAAUGUACCGGGCUUUCAGCGGGUUGACGAAUCGAUUGAGCAUCCCGAGAGGCGGUACACCGAGGAGCGAUCACGAAGAUGAAGUUAUACUGGUGAAUGCUGUGGAGCAGGAAGGGAUUGGAGGGGCGCCGCAGUAUCAGACAAUGUUCCUUAUGUCCUCAGAAGCGGGAGGAGAAUACGAGCUGGUGUUCUUCAGACGGCUUGACGAUGAGUUGAAUAAAGUUGUUAGGUUUUACAGAGAAAAGGUGGAGGAAGUGAGGAAGGAGGCGGAUGAGCUAAGCAAGCAAAUGGAUGCACUUAUAGCUCUCCGGAUCGUCGUAGAAAAGCCUCCGGUGCCGGUGGAUAUCAAUGGCGACCAGAUAAGAGAUUCUGCAGCCAUUGAAGCUAAUAAGUCACAUAUGGAUGCAAUACAAGAAAUUGAGAUGAGUGGUGAAGGAAUGGGUGAGGAGAACACAAGGAUUAUUGAAGAGAAGACGACUAACAAAUUCACAGAUUUCAGGCCUGCUCCAUUACACGUGUUGAACGAUGUAAGAGUCAACAUCCAACCUGAAACUCCCAUCUCCACUUUGAAGAACAUUUUGAAGGCAUCAAACUCUCAACUCAAAUACAGCCGGGCCGAGCUAAGGAAGGCUGAAGAAAGAUUGAGAAAGGCAUUCAUGGAGUUCUAUGGAAAGCUUAGACUUCUCAAGAGUUACUGUUUCUUGAACACAUUGGCAUUUUCCAAGAUCAUGAAGAAGUAUGACAAGAUCACUUCAAGGAAAGCUUCAAGGUCAUACCUAGAGAUGGUUGAUAAGUCUUAUCUUGGAAGCUCUGAUGAGAUUAAGGGUGUGUUUGAAAACUCGAAAAAUGAUUUCAGUGUAUGGCAACAAGAAAAUUUUAAAAUCAAUGGAAAAUAA